GCGGACGUCCACGGCACAGCGACACAAGUGCGCACUACAGGCGGAGGAGGAGGCACGGCAGGCGGACGGACGGACGGCGGUGUGUCGGUCUUUGUUGGACACCCGGCGGACUGGAUUGUGGAUUUGUUUAUUCUCUGGAUUUUGGAUCAGGGGCUAGGAUAACUUCGCAUGGGACAAAAAAACCCGCCUUCUUUCAUGUCAUCCGCCGAUUUGUUUCGCCCGGCGUGUUGACACCAGUGUGAGGGGGAAUCGGAGGCGAUACACUGGAGGAGAUUGACAGAUAGGCGACAUGAAUAUACACGCGUUUCCGUCCUGCAGCUGUACAGGAUAGAUGCAAACUAAAAACACGACUCGCGAUCUUACAUGUGAUUUCGGGAGCUAAUAAUGCAGAGACGUGAGUCGGUUUGAACGGAGACCAGGAAAAGAUGCUCUGCUGCACGCUUGAGGUUUUGCACCGUAGGGCAAUGUGUUAUUGACGAUUUUGCACGGCGUGGAAUAAUGCAUCGAGACACAACUUUGUUCACAGGCUUGGCAGACUGCGAUUAUAUCUUAUAAGAGUGCAUGUAUUCGCUAGCCUGGCGUGUGCUCUGGUAAUCCUGUUAUUCUUGAAUAUAGCUUUCAGGACAACGCUGGUGCCAUUUAUCAGUCAGCCCCGGAGCCCUGUUCCGUUUCACAUUUCUAAACCCAAAUCCUGCAAUCUAUUGAUGUCAGUGAUCCCGUUAUGUAGAUAAAACCUCUCGAGUUGUGUUGCCAAUGACUGGUAAAUUGUUGAUGUAGGCAGGCCUGACCUUCGCUUAUGCAGAUCCAAUCGAUAGAGCGAUAAAGACAGCGCUGGCUGUUUGUGCUCCUCUGUAACUGUCACGGGGGUGUGUUUAAAAUCCGGCAUAUUUAGUUUUUACACAUGCCCCAACGCAGCAGUGAAGCUCCUCAGUAGAGUGGAGACUGUCAACACACUGUGAGGUGUCGGAUACAAUCCUGUAAAGCAACGUCUCAACAAAAGUUUCAAUGGUUUUCCGAAAGUUGCCCGGCGUGUCGGCAUCGGGCAUGGGUCUGCGCCUGUCCCAGAAAUUCGUGUUUCUGCUCUUUCUCUCGGGUUUGGUAACACUUUGUUUUGGGGCCCUUUUCUUUUUGCCCGACUCUGUGCGACUAAAACGCAUUUUUCUGUCCAAGACAGAGACCCAGCCGGUCACUGUUGGCUCGGGGUCCGAGAACGAUGCCAGGGAGCACCUGAAGAGACCCAAGGAGCAGGGCAUGACCCCCGCCAAGGGAGAGAGCAGCACCAAGCUGAAGAGCCUGAUCCGCAAACCGAGCGUCUCUCACGAGGCCACCGAGGAGCGGCUGGCCGGGGGGAAAGCCCAGGAGGACUUCACUCUGCCCCGGUUGAUAACGGAGUCUGCCUCGAUGAAAGCGUCCUCCUCUGACCACCCGGAUACUUUCAGUUACAACAAGUUUAAAGGAUGUCUGCUCAAACCCCCGCUGGGCAGAGACGGCGGCCAAACCAGCGACCCCACCACCAACGAGCGACGGGAGAAAGUGAAAGAGAUGAUGAAGUUUGCCUGGGACAACUACAAGCGCUACGCCUGGGGGAAGAAUGAGCUGCGGCCUUUGACCAAAAACGGGCACAUUGGCAACAUGUUUGGCGGCCUCAAAGGAGCCUCCAUCAUCGACUCACUGGACACACUUUACAUUAUGGGACUGAUGGAAGAAUAUAACGAUGCCAAGGAGUGGGUGCAGACCAGCCUGGACCUAAACUCGAACGGCGAGGCAUCACUCUUUGAGGUGAACAUCCGUUACGUUGGCGGCUUGCUGUCGGCCUACUACCUGACAGGAGAGGAGUUUUACAAGAAAAAGGUGGUGGAGCUGGGAGAGAAGCUGCUGCCGGCCUUCAACACGCCGACAGGAAUCCCCCGAGGAGUCAUCAACCUGGGGAGCAGUGGCACCAGUUGGAGCUGGGGCUGGGCCUCAGCCGGGAGCAGCAUCCUGGCUGAGUUCGGGACCCUCCACCUCGAGUUCGUCCAUCUGUCUGAGCUCUCCAGGAAUCCAAUCUUCACGGAGAAGGUGAUGAACAUCAGAAAAGUACUGAACAAGAUUGAAAAGCCACACGGCCUGUACCCCAACUUCCUCAGUCCUGUCAGUGGCAACUGGGUCCAACAUCACGUCUCCAUCGGGGGCCUCGGGGACAGCUUCUACGAGUAUCUGAUCAAAUCAUAUCUGAUGUCAGACAAGUCGGACGACGACGCAAAGAAGAUGUACUACAGCGCGCUGGAGGCGAUUGAAGCUAACCUGGUGCAGAAGUCCCCCGGCGGUCUGACCUACAUGGCGGAGUGGAGGGGGGGGAUCCUGGACCACAAGAUGGGCCACCUGGCCUGCUUCUCCGGGGGCAUGAUCGGCAUCGGGGCGGAUGAUGGAGAGCCGGAGAAGAGGCAGCACUACCUGGACCUUGCUGCUGAGAUCACACACACCUGCCACGAGAGCUACACCCGCUCAGCCACCAAACUGGGCCCGGAGGCGUUCAGAUUUGACAGCGGAGGAGAAGCCACGGCCACCAGACUGAACGACAGAUACUACAUCCUCCGCCCAGAGGUCAUCGAGAGCUACAUGUACAUGUGGAGGCUGACCCACGACCCCAAGUACAGAGAGUGGGGCUGGGAGGCUGUUCAGGCGCUGGAGCAGCACUGCAGGGUGGAGUCCGGCUUCUCGGGGAUCCGUGACGUUUACACCCUGACAGCGAGCCACGACAACAUGCAGCAGAGCUUCUUCCUCUCAGAAACACUCAAGUAUCUGUACCUGCUGUUCUCUGAUGACGACCUCCUCUCUCUGGAGGACUGGGUCUUCAACACAGAAGCCCACCCGCUGCCCAUCAUCCGCAGGAGCUGCCUGGAGGACCCGGCCCCACAGGACAAGACGGUCUCCGAAUAGGACUGAACUCCAACCACCACAGAGACAUUUGCACAGCUCAUGUGCACACACACACAGUCACACAGAUAUGGCAAACACAGAUUUCAAUGCCGGUUCAGAGUCUUUUCAGGAGCGGGACUCUCAAUUCCUUUCCAGUGAAGGAUGUCGUCGUUUUUACGCUGUGAUUGUAUAUCCUUUCGCCGGGGUUACUUCCUGCUGGCCCCUUCUUUUUUGUGGACAAUCAAGACAAACAUGACUUUCAUGAAAAGAGCACCUUUUUCUUUCCUUCUUUCCUCUGUGAGGAAACCAGUAUAACUUGCAGACCCAAAUGUAAUGGGAGGAGGGUUGAACUACGGGCCAUAUUGUCAGAAAGAGAGAGAAACGUAUAGAAAACCUCUUUUAGUUUGGUGUUUUCUUAAUUUUUAGUGAUGAAUGAUUUCCUGUUUUUGUUCUCGUCGUUGCAUUUUUUCCUUUGCGAGUACACUCUUUGACCAAAGGUUUCUUUGCAUUUCUAUUUCCCUCUUUUUCCAGUAAUGUGUUUUUCGUGAGAGUCGACAGGAAGUUAAAUUAACGAGGAUUGAAUUGUAAUGAAUAUUGAUUAAUGUACAGACAAACAUGAAAUGUGAUUCUCGGAUCCACUUCCAAACUAAUGUUGAUGUCAUGUUUCUUACUGAAACAAGCUUGAAUGAAUUUCUUAACAGUUCGGGGGUGUCAGGAAAGGGGCCGUGUCUUAUGCAUCCAGUGACCAUUGUUUUUUUUAAUGAUGUUGGGUUGAGUUUCCACUGUGUGCUUGGGUUAUUUUGUGAACAGGACAAUGCUUUCUCAGUCCUCUCAGCCUUUCAAAGCAAAGUAACAAAUGGAGUACUGUCAGUUCUGUAGCUGUAAUACACAAAAUCAUGGAAGAAAAACACUUUCCCUGUCCGGAUCCAAAUGGGUUUUCCUGUUUCUGUUUGUUCUGCUUCACCCUGCCUUUACAUGUGAAUCCAUACAGCUGGUUUCCAUCACUGUUCUUUCAUCACUGCUGCCCCCCCCCCCACAGUGUGGAGCGAAUGUGCUGUACAUACAGAUGAAGUGAGUGACCCCAGUAUGAGCUUUUCUUGAUUUCAUUAUGUGGUUUUUUGUUUGUUUCUCUUAACUUCAGUGGUUAUUUUUCUGGGUUCUCUUUUGAUUUGCUUCCCUCAGGUGUUUCAGUAAAAAAAAAAAGGAAACUUACUUUAAGUCUAGUUAUUGCUGAUAUUAAUUAUUGUUAUUACUUAUUCUUACUGUUUGAUUUAACUUUCAUUGUUGAAUAUUUUCAAAUACUGAUAAAAAGACCUUUUAAAACAAUCA